CGAGUCUGUAAUUCUCACAUAUCAGAAGUCCUCACUGUAGCAGGUAUUUGGUGCAGCUGUUUGUUCAAACAUGGAGAGAUCAACUACUGCUGAAGAGAAAGAGCUUGACGAUUUCCAGUAUAACAACUUACAUAAGGAAGUGGAUACACUACAAGACAUGGUAAAAAACAUCGAAGAAAAAAUAAGCGUAAACAUUAAAAGGGAACGCCAGUUCAAACGUGAGGUUCAUAAAGCCAUUCUUAAACUCCGAGAUGAUCGAUCAGACUUUCAGAACAGUUGGCUGGAAAAGCUGGAAGGAUUGGAAAAGUACUUUAGUUCUGAAAUGCAAAAGCUUAAACAACAAAUCUUAGGAGAGAGUGUUGACGAGUGCAUCGAUAAACUUUCUGGAAUGGCUGAAAACGUAAUGGAAACUGGAGGAGCCUUCAGUAACGAACAAUUUGCAAAGGAUAGUAGGUUAGAGUUAAGCAAAAUGAGACAAUUUACAGAACGAGAGAAACAGUCCCAACCUGCGCAGCCAGAGCUUGACCAUGUCCGGUGUCUUGUGUCCUUUCGUGAGAAUGUGGAUGCACUACGGGACAUGGUAAAAACCAUCGAAGAAAGAUGGAGCAUAAAGAUUGAAAGGGAACGCCAGUUCGAACUUAGGUUUCAUGAAGCCUUGAUUAAACUUGGAGAUGCACUAGCACACUUUCAGAACAGUUCGCUGGAAAAAGAGGAAAGAUUGAGAAAGUCCGUAAGUUCUGAAAUGCAAGAGUCUAAACAACGAUUCUUUGAAAAGAGUCUUUACGAGCGCAUCGAUAAACUUUCUGGAAUGGUUGCAAAGUUACUGGACUCUGAAGUAACCUUCAGUAACGAACAACUCGUAAAGGAAAUGUGGUCACAGUUAAGCAUAAUAAGACGAUAUACAGAAGAAACUUAACGAGGAGCUGGCCUCUGCUGCUUAUAAUCGUGAGCUUAAUGAAUUGCUAGUCUUAUAGGAGCUCGUUACUGAAAAUAAGAACACACUUAAAGCAAAAAGAAAAGAAAAAAGCAAAAUCGUGAGCAACAGCACUUUAGGAAACAUCGUAGUAGACGGAACUAGGACGUAGGAUUAAUAUAGCGCCCGAGAUGGCGAUGCAAAAGUGUUGCUCGUUCUAGGCGUGCCUUCCAAGGCCUAGAGUAUUUGACUGUUUUUCUUCCUCUGUUUCCUUUUUUUUAACUCGUGAAUUGCGCGCAUGCGCAAGAGCGAGUUAUAGAUACGAUGUGGGGAAUGGAAUUCGCUCGCUCGAUUGGUCGAUUCCUGUAAACUUUUUUUUAGAUUUUAGGCUUUUGAGUGCAUUUUAUAGUUUUUGGCGAGCAAUAAACAGAC